AUGGAAGCAGCCGUGCUUGGAGGCUCCCGGCAAGGUGUUCGGCAGAGAACUGCCCGUCUGCAGGAGGAAGAGGAGGAAUCAGAGCUCGCUGUGCAUCUGUACCGACAGUUCCUCUGGGGUCAUCAGAGCUUGGCACAAGUCCGAACAACCGCCGGGCUUGCUUCGGAUGAGUUAACCCGAAAGCGGGCAACUGUUCCGAAACAGCUCGCCACCUUGGCAGGUUUGGGAGGCAGCACAGACUUGACCCAUAAUCUCUGGAGAGAUUUGGAGCGACGGGUGCAGCCGCCGUUCUUGGAACCGAGAUAUGAGAUGCUGCCAUUGAAUCCUAGGCCAGGUCGCAUCCCUUUCUUUGACCCGGUGCAGACUUUCGAAUGCCUGCGGACUCGACGUCCAGAGUUCUUCAAGGAAGUUUGCCUUCCCUCGGUUGAUGAGCUGGAGGAGUUCUGGAACCAGUGCUCUGGACACCCGGCCCUUCGGCACCAUCCAGUGCGAAACAUCAGAGGCUUCCAACGUCGGGCAGUACCGCUCGUUUUGCACGGUGACGGUGUGCCAAUCACAGCCAUAGGGGCGAGCCAGAAGUCCUGCGCUUUCAUUAGCUGGAGAUCCCUGUUGUGUCAGAGAGCGGCCAGCAAGUGUCAGCACCAGCUGAUGGCUGCGAUCUGGUGCGACCUGAUCGUCAAGGCCGGCGGCGAGGACACAGUGCAAAGCCUUUGGGCUCUAGUGUGCCAGUCCUUCGAUGCCGCCCUGGACGAAGCAGCGGGGCAUCAGAGACCCUUCCCGGUGCUGCUUUUCGCCAGCGGAGACCUGGAGUGGUUCAGUCUGGCACAUGGCCUUCCUCGCUGGAAUUCCCUGAAGCCCUGUGGCCUGUGCGGUGUCGCACGACAGGCCAUGUUUGGCUUCAGGGCAGUUCCGAGGGUGCCGGCAGACCCGUGGAUUCUCCCGAGACAUGACUCCCACAUUCUUUGUCGGAGAACUCUCUGCAAGGCUUCCGUCUUCCCAGACAUGAUGCACACGAAGCAUCUUGGGGUGGACCAAAGAAUAUGUGGCAGUGUCAUCUGGCUCCUAGUGCACACUGUGAUGCCCGGCGAUGUUGAAUCCAACCGCAUCCAGUUGGUGGAAGAGCUGCACAGAGCACACCGGGGACGUGGCGAAAGGCCGGUGAGCAGACUCACACCGGGGAUGUAUUUGUCCAAAGUCGGCGACGUGGACUGCCGGGAAUCCUACCCAUGCCUGAAAUGCAAGGCUGCCGAAACCAAGGCGACAGUGGCGGCAUUGAAGACGGUUUGGGGAAACCGCAUGGAUCCUCAGCAGGAGCUGCACAUCCUCACGAACUUGCUGCUGGAACUGAGCGUUUUCUUGGAUACAGAGGUGUCCUCCUCUAGCGACUGGCACCCCACGAAGGCUGAGAGUGAGCAAUGGGUUCUUGCUGGAGUCAGCCUCGCUCAAUGUCUCACGAAGUUAACCAAGGAACAUCUGAAGCUUGGGCGGUGUUUGUUCCAGUUAACGUUUAAGUCUCACUGGCUGAUCCACUGUCUCCACUACUCCGAGUACAUGAACCCGAAGUUUUUGUGGACGUACAGCGGAGAAGACUAUAUGAGCCGCUGCAAGACCCUGCUGAAGUCCUGCCUGAAUGGCAGGAAGCAGCUGCCGGCACUGCAAAGAUUCGGUCGGCAAUAUGCUAGGGCCAUAUGUGUCGAAGUAGACAAGGAGUUUCACCGACCCCUCUUUGUGUGA